GUAAAACUAUUAAAAAAGCCUUCUCUCUUUCAUCAGGUAGCGUUUGUAGCUAUGGAUCUGCGCAUCAACGCUUUCGAUCUGCAACAAAACCUCGAUUCCAUGACCGACUGUAGUUGAAAUCCACCACUAAACCACUAACAACAUAGCUGAAUCCAUGGAUGAAGAAGAAAAAGAGAGAUGGAACCGGAAGAAACAAACACUAAUCGAUGAAAUCUCCGAUAAAUUGAUCAACGGAGACGUUGCCACCAAAAUUCAAGCUGCCAGAGAGAUUCGCAGCAUGAUCCGGAACCGUAAUAGUUCCGGUAAGAUCCGCGUGAAGUUUGCCGCUGCUGGUGUCAUUCAGCCGCUUGUUCUUAUGCUGUGUUCUCAACAGCUUGAAGCUCGUGAAGUUUCGCUUCUUGCGCUUCUCAAUCUCGCCUCUAGAAACGAACGAAACAAGGAACAAAUAGUGACAUGUGGGGCUAUCCCGCCAUUAGUGAAGCUUCUGAAGUUCCAAAACACAAGUAACCUGCGAGAGUUGGCCACAGCCGCAAUUUUAACAUUAUCAGCAGCACCAAACAACAGACCAACAAUAUCCAGUUCAGGAGCAGUCCCGCUUUUAAUUCAAAUCCUCAGCUGUGGCAGCGUUCAAGGAAGAGUAGAUGCAGUCACCGCCCUCCACAACCUAACUACCUCCCAAGAAGAACCGAUCAUAGCUCUUGAUGCUACUGCCGCCCUGCCGCUCAUCAACCUCCUUAAAGAAUGCAAAAAAUACUCCAAAUUUGCUGAAAAAACCACGUCCUUGCUUGAAAUUAUCUCCAAAUCUCCUCAAGGAAUGCUCGCCAUCACAAAAGCCCAAGAUGGGAUACUAACAUUAGUAGAAACAAUCGAAGACGGAUCUCAGGUUAGUACAAAUCAUGCAGUUAGUGUUCUGCUUGCACUGUGUAUGAGCUCGAGAAAUAAAUAUAGGGAACUUAUUCUUAACGAGGGUGCGAUCCCGGGUCUGUUACGGUUGACUGUGGAUGGAACUCAUGAAGCCCAGAACAAGGCUAGAUUGCUACUGGACUUACUUAGGGACACUACUCCUGAAAAGAGACUGAGCUCAUCGGUUUUGGAAAAGAUGGUUCAUGAAAUCGCAGCACGAGUUGACGGGUCUGAAAAACCAGCGGAAACCGCAAAGAUAUUGUUGCAGGAUAUGGUUCAAAGAAGCAUGAACAAGGGCUCAUCUCGCACACCCUAAAAAUGAGGGUUGUUCACGAGCGGAGCGGACCUUUGUUUGUGCUUAGCUCGUUUACAACCGAGCCGAAUCCGAACGAGCAUAUAAAGCGCGCAAUUUUCCGAGCGAGAAGCGAGUAAUUUGGACAGCCAUAGAUUUAGAAUGUUUCCUUAUACGACUCUGGUUGAGGCAAGUGUGGUGAUGAACAUUCAGCAAAGAACAAUUGUCUUAUUGUGGCGCAUGGUGAGAGCGAGUGACGAUGAGAGAAAGAAGUCGAAUAUUGUCGCUUCACGACUUGGAGUUUUAGUUUUGAAUAUAGUGUUAAAUUUUUUUAUUAGUUUGAUUAGGCUAGGCUAGUAUGUAUAAAUUUUAUUGUAUAUUUGCAUACAGUGGACCAAAUCUAAUAGAACAGUAUGUAUAAAAUAUGAAUAUACAUGUAAUUUGUUUG